AUGGCGUGCAGCAGACCAAAGCGGGAUGUAUUGUCGAAGGCUUUUGAAGUGGUGGUAGACGGAGUUCUCACAAGCAAGGUGCCCUCACUGGGGAGAGAACUGGGUUUCUCGGACGUCGACAUGGACGCGAUCAAAUAUGAACAUCCAAACGACAUAAUGGAACAAAAAAGGAAGAUGCUGAGUAAGUGGAAAGAAAGACAAGGAACGCAAGCGACCCCUGGCGAACUGAUGGAGGCCUGCAGGAGGGCCAAGCUGCAAGACGUGGCAGACAAAAUCCAGAAGCUGAUCCGUGAAGAUGUGGUGAAUCAGUGUGAAGAUGAACUGAAGGAGUACUAUCGCAGGAACAUGUCCUUCUACACACCACUGAACUGGGCGCCAUGGAUGGAGCUCGACAUCCAAAACCACCACGUGAAAGCUCGGUUCAAGCGAGUCCAUCGUCACGAGGGGAGCACCAAACACAUCGUGAAGUCAGAAUACCUGACAGAAGACGAGCUUCUGAUGGAGGGAGACUCGAGCUCCAGCAGGCAGAACGUCGGUCGUGUUAUCAUCGAAGGGCCACCCGGCAUUGGCAAGACAACCUUCCUGAAUGGGCUGGUCUGUGCAUGGGUGAGUGGGAAAAGGUUUACCCACCAGAAGCUGGUCUUCGCGCUCAAAGGUCGCCAUCUACUCAAGAGUGGAGGUCUUUUAGAAGCCAUCCUUGCACAGAGCCUGUUUCCGGAAGAUCAUCCCGUCCAGAGGAAUCCCGAUCUCAGGGCGCACUUGUGGCAGUGGGUGGAGGUUAACCAAGACAGGGUCAUGUUCAUCAUCGACGGCAUUGCUGAAAUACCAGGGUUCAGAAAGACCUACUCCAGCACAGAGCCGGAACACUUCGUCACCAAGCUGAUCGAGGGUAAAAUCCUGCGGCACAGCAACGUCUUGCUGACAACGACGUCCAUCCAAAUGCUUGACGUCUCGGUCCUGAGAUGGUGCGAUGCCUACUACACCAUGGAAGGAUUCUUCAACGACGACAUCAACAGAUUCGUAGAUACAUUCAACUUCAAGACACGUAAAGCAAAGGCGGAUAUCAAAGACCUGCUCGGAUCCAACACCAGCUUUCUGGAGCUGUGCAGGAUCCCCAUGUUCCUUUGGUUUCUCUGUCUCAUCUGGGACGACAACGAGCACAAGAGCAAGGCAAGAACGGUUACGUCGCUGUUGGAGGAAAUCGUCAGCUUGGCCCUGAGGAAGGCCCUGAAAGGAAAGGAAGAGCUAUCAGAUGAAGAACAAGAAAAGGUGGAGGAACUGUGCAGGCUCUCCUGGGAAAGAACCGUGAGUGGAGAUGUCUGCUUGAUGAGCGAGGAUAUAAAAAACAUCAAAGAUCUCAUGCUCAAGAGCGGCUUCUUGGUCAAGGAGAAGAGUCACCGGGUGGAGUACACAUUCGGGCACACCCUGUACAGGCAACUCUUCGCCGCAAAGCACGUCGUCAAGUUUCCCGACCAGACAGACCUGUACGAGAGGCUGUGGGAACCAAGUUGCCCGUCCAACUCCAGGUACAACCUGGUGUGCCUCUUCGUUGCUGGGCUCCUUGGAGCAAACGCCGGGCCGCUGUUUGAAGCAUUUGCACGGCGAUACAGUAACAUGCUGAAAGACGAGGAGUGUUGCCAGUGCUGCAUCGACGAAGCUGUUACGCUGGCCUGUCGAUGCAUCGUUGAAUCCCGAAACUCUAGGAGUUUUGGAAAGGCUGUGGCAACUACAAUGCUCGAGCACAUGGGAUCAGAGAGAGAGCUGUCAAUCAACUUCUACCGCAAGCAGCUAAAGCUGAACACGUUACUGGGACUGUCAUACGUCAUCGAGAAUAUCAACUGUAUGGAUUCAUUUGGUCGAAUCAACGAGUCACAGAGGCUGUCACUCAUCUUGGACAACCUGUGGAUCCGCAACAAGAGAGGGCUGCUACGCCUGGGGGAGGCUAUCAUGAAGACCCAGUGUGUCCACUCACUUGCCAUUUCCGUCACGGGCCUGGAUGCGAGUCUACUGCAUCCCCAAGGUAAUGACGCGGAAAACGACGACAUGCGCAAGUUCAUGCAGACCAUAGGAAGCACACAGAGUAACGUCGCGAAGUUGUCGCUCACAGCCCAAAUUGACAGAAUGAGUGAGUCUGCCAUACGCCAGGUGCCGAAGGCUUUCAGAAACAACGAAGAGCUGAAGGAGCUGGACCUGUUUGUCAGUUUGUUCUCCAAACGCUGCAGCCCAAUGUGCCUGAGGAUUGAGAAGGAGAGUCAGCAACCGUGUACAAAGAAAGAGCGUAUACAGGUAUUUCUCACCGAUGCGGCUGAAGCCAUAGACAACAUGAAGUGGUUGGAAUCUCUCAAAAUCACGGCCAGCAUUCUCAGAGAGGACGCGUCCCGGGAAACCAUCGUCCCUGUCCUUCAGAGACACGAGGGCAUCACGUCACUCAGCGUGGUCGGACAGGUCAAGGGGCGAGGCCAUCUGACGCUGUACGGCAUCCAGUCCCUGGCGAUGAUCCUCGAACAGAACAGGAAGCUCAAAAGCGUGAGCGUCAGACUCACCACUGUGUCUGACGACGUCAAGCAGAGGGAGAAAGAGACGGAAAGUCCGAGAGACCCAUGUGACACACGAGCAAAGGCGCUUUACAGUGGCCUCGUCAAAUCCACCGUCACAUCCAUAGACUUGCUCUUCAACUGUGUGCUUCCGAGAGAAGCACGGCUGUUUGCCGACAUUGUCAUCAACAACCCUCACCUCACAGACGUCACCUUCUCUUGGCACACAAUGUUUCCAUCUUUCCUGGAAAGAUUGGCAGACGCUGUGGAGAAGAGCGGCACGCUAAAAAGGCUCGCCUUGUGUGGAAAAUUCGGAGACGGCGACUCCCUAGUCAAGUUGAUCCGGGCGGCGCUGCCAGCCAACCCGCCGUCGUCACCACAAGCUGCCGGUGGCAUAUCGUCACUGUUCCUACAAGGCCAACCAUUCCUUGACACAACAAUCGACGCUUUGGUGUCGUGUGUCAAGACCGAAACCAGUCUGGACCGGCCUAUGCUGCUACAUCUCGGCGGAGAGUUGUUUGGUCCACAGGCGGCAGCUGCAUCAAAGAAUCUGGACGCUCUACGGUUGGACAAGGAAGCAUCAGACGACAACUUCAUCAUAUACCACGGUCUGUCAGUGGUAACCGUGGACGAAGAGAAGCCCAACGUCUUCCACUUCGAGACAACAGUGGCCAUGGAGUUCAAAAGGGCAUUGCGAAAGCGGUCAGAACAAAUUGUCAACCGUAAAAAGUCAAGGCAAGAAGAGACAGAAUCGUGAACAGCAUCGAAAACAAGUUACAUGGAAAAAGGUUAUAUAGGGCCUUGCAUGGACCAAAAUCUUAGUGCAGUAGCGCCACCUGGCAGGCUGAUGAAGAACUGCAGCUACAGAAUCAGAAUCUGUAAAUAGAUGUCCAUAUCUUCUGUUGUUUGGGUUUUACACAUUUAAGUGAUACAUACUGUACAUUUCCACUUAUAAAUGCAAUCUUUUAUAAAAAAAAGAUACUCCUGCUAAAACAAAAAUUGCAUAAAAGAUGGCAAGUCUGAAUGGUUGUGUGCAAUGUA